AUCGAUCGGUGAAUUUCAUGUGAUUUGAAGUUGGAACCUGGAGAUUGUCUUCUUUGUGAUCGUCCAUUCUCAAUACAGACCUGACCAUAAAGUUCAACAUAGCUACGAAGAAGGUUUCGAUGAAGAAGAAUAAGAAACUGGUUAUAAACAUUGCUCUAGAUAAAGAUGAUCAUGGUCAAGGUGGUCUCGGUUCGUUAAGAGAGGAGACAGAGAGGUCUGAUUCAUCAGAGAGACUAAUAAGUGAUGUGGUUUGUUCCAAAGCUGACGACCAUAAUAACCUUGGUUGUUCAAGGGAGGAGAAAGAUAGGUUCCAAAGGGUUUGUUCCAAAGCUGAUGAAGAGAUUGAUGAUCAUCAUCAUGGUUCUAGUACUUUAAGAGAUGGGAUGAUGCGUGAGGUUGAUGUCGGAACAGGAUUAUCUGGUGCGUUGAACCGUCUUAGAGAGCAAGGUACUUUCAAAGGAGGGGAAAGCAAGCUUGUUGUAGGUGUUAAGGACAAGCAUGAUGAUGAUCAAGGUGACAGAUUCAGAGAUGGAUUUAAGGAUAUACAGAUUCAGAGGGUUGACAAGUGGGGAAGGACAUUGAAUCAGAAAGAAGCUUAUCGUGCACUCUGUCAUGGAUUUCAUGGGAAGCAGCCUGGGAAGAGGAAGCAAGAGAAACGGAAUAAGAAGCAUGAAGAUAAUUCAAAACAGAUGGAAUCUUCAGAGAGAGCUGUGGAGAGAAAUAGAGAAUGAGAGAAGUUCAUGCCGUAUUGA